CAGUUACUGGAGCUUCUUUUCACCACAGUUCCCAGCAUGCCAGGGAGUGGCUGGGAGGGCCCGACUGUUUUCAUUAGGACCGGGGCUGGGCAGAGGGGUUUGCAGAGUGGACACCAGACAGCUGAGGACGAACUGACCUGAAGACUGAAAGCUGAGGAGAAAGAGCACAGUGUGAAGGAGGUUUUAGGCUGGAGUUAUGAGGGUGGGAGCCGCGUCCUUGGCUGGAGGGAUAUUUGGGGUAUUAGGGACUCUGUGUUUCUUCCUUGCCUUCAGUACAGACUACUGGCUGGUGGCCAGUGACAACUGUGGACCGUAUACAUGGCCGACACAAACAACGCUUACUAAAGAUGCCAACGGGACUGAGAUCCAGUUAGUGGAAGCUGUCACUGCUUCUCCUCCAUCUCUCACUUUACACCAUGAGGGCUUCUUCUGGCGAUGUGUGUUUCAGGUGGAGCCCACAGCACAUGCAGUCCUGGCCACUCUCUUCACAAACCAGCCAGAAUCCAAGGUCUGUAUCCAUGGUUACCUCUUCCCUCUGCCUGUUGCACUUGGACCGGUGCCACAUCCAAGUUAUGAUGCUACAGCAGUGUUUCGGGGUUUCUGGACCGUGUUGAUAAUCCUUGGCCUGGUCGCAGCUCUAACCGGAGGACUCCUCCUGGUCUGUGGUGUCCCCUUCAUCAGCCACAAACUCUACAAGCUGGGCGGGGCUUUCCUCAUCGCUGCUGCCUGCUUGUUCCUGUUCACGCUGCUGCUCUAUGUACUGUGGAUGGAGGUGACGGAGGUCAAGCGCUACGUCCUGCAGGAGAGAGGAGAGGCGUGUCCCCAUGCGCAGGUUUCUGUGCUCUACGGCCUGUCGUUCAUUGUGGCAGCUGCCGGCGUGCCUCUGUUGCUGAUCUCAGGGAUGGUCUUCAUGCUGGUGGGCCGUGCGCUGCGGGCCAGCAAGUGAGCUCGCCAUCUGGCCUGUAAGGAGGAGAAAGGACUGGCCUUUUUAUGUCCUGCACUGGGAAGCAGCAGCACACUUGUGGGAUGUAAAUACUGGCUGAAAGACAUUUUAUAAUAAUAAAUAAGCUUUAUUCAUAGAGCACUUUUUCCAAAUCCGCAUUACAAAGUGCUUCACAAAACAGCAAAAUAGAACAGACCAGUCAUAAAAGCAUCAGGUUUUUAAAACACAACAAAUAAAAACCAUAUGGUGUAUAAAAACCUGUACAAUGUAUGUAUGUAAUGAUUUUCAGUUUUCUAUGACUUUCUUUGCUCUAACUAAUAA